GCUUUUGCUGGAAACAUCUUUAAGAUUCACACAAUUUUCAGUGCUCAGCCAGACGUAGAGUAUAUUUUUGUAAAAAAGAAUAAAAUUCGUAUAUAUUGAGCACACAAAGAGCUACAAAUUAUCCAGGCAUGUCGGUUCCCAAGAGCAGCGGUUUCAGCAAUAAGGUGAUCACAGUAGUGGCCACCAAUGGCUUUGGACCAGAGACGAUGAGCGAGAUUAGCUACACGGACACAAAGGUGAUUGGCAACGGCAGCUUCGGGGUGGUCUUCCAGGCCAAGAUGGUGCCCAGCAAUGAGCUGGUGGCCAUCAAGAAAGUCCUGCAGGAUCGCCGCUUCAAGAAUCGCGAACUCCAGAUCAUGCGAAAGCUGCGACACGACAACAUCGUGAGUCUUAAGUUUUUCUUUUACUCAAGCGGCGAGAAGCGGGACGAGGUGUACCUCAAUCUGGUGAUGGAGUUCAUACCCGAGACCCUGUACAAGGUGGAGCGUCAGUACGCCAGGGCCAAGCAGACGCUGCCCGUGAACUACGUCCGGCUCUACAUGUACCAGCUGCUCCGGAGCAUGGCCUACCUGCACAGCAUCGGCUUCUGUCAUCGCGACAUCAAGCCGCAGAACAUGCUGCUGGACACGGAGACGGCCAUCCUCAAGCUCUGCGACUUUGGCAGUGCCAAGCAGCUGGUGUCUGGAGAGCCGAAUGUCUCGUAUAUCUGCUCACGAUACUACCGCGCACCGGAGCUGAUCUUUGGGGCCACCGACUACACCACCAAGAUCGACGUCUGGAGUGCUGGCUGUGUUCUGGCUGAGCUGCUGCUCGGACAGCUGAUCUUCCCGGGCGACUCGGGCGUGGACCAGAUCGUGGAGAUCGUCAAGGUGAUGGGCACCCCGACGACUGAGCAGCUGCACGACAUGAAUCCCCACUACAAGCAGUUCAAGCUGCCGCAGCUGAAGCCCCAUCCCUGGUCGAAGGUCUUCCGCAUUCGCACGCCGGCCGAGGCCAUCGAUUUGGUGUCGAAGCUGCUCAUCUACACGCCCAAUGCCCGUUCCACGCCGAUGAUGGCCUGUGCCCAUCCCUUCUUCGACGAACUGCGCCAGGACCCGUACCAGCUGCUGCCAAAUGGCCGCAGCCUGCCGCCGCUGUUCAAUUUCACCGACUACGAGCGAACCAUCGAACCGAGUCUUAAUCCUCUGCUGAUGCCCCGAUCGGGCGGAAGUCCGCCCCCUGUCCGCGAUACCGUGCCAUAUCGUGGUCGCCACACGGCUGGGCAAGAGGCUACCCCAAAAUCGGGGGCCAUAGUCAAGGCACCAAUCCGAGUGUCUUCUAAGCUCCCCGAACAGACUCUGAAGAUCAUCGGUGCACCUCCAGUAUCAUUGCGGCAGGACAAGGGAAACGGCGAUCACGUGGAUCAGCAGGAUGACUCGGUAGAAACCGAAACGCUCGUCGGAUGUGAGGGUACCCUCUCCUAUGAAGGCAACGACAGCGAUAAGAAUGAGGACGAGGAUGAUGAUGACGAGCCCAGACAGCGGCACCAGCAACACCAUUGCCGAAGACGACGCAAAUGAGUCGGAUGAAUCGGAGGAAGACACCCUGGAGGAGGAAUCUAGCGAGUGCGAAGAUGAUUAAGCCAGAAAAAAAAAUAACAACAAUUUUCCAUCUAUACUAAAUUCAAGCUAAAUUAUCUAUAGCUGAAACUAUAAUUAAUCCUGCCAAUAAAAUUGAUAUGUA